AUGCGGGGCCGGCUGCUGGCGCGGCUGCGGCGCCGGAGGCAGCUGCGGCUGCUGCUGGCCCUGGGCGCGCUCGCCCUCGGGCUCUGGGCCGCCUACCUGGAGCUGGUGGCGGCGGCCGGCGGCGGGGCUGCCCCGGAGCGCAGAUAUGAGAGCUGGAGGGAGCUUGCCAAGGUUCUGUCAGACCCCAGUGGCCCAGAUGGGGACACGAGCCUUCAGCUGGACUAUCCUCAGAGGCUGGGACACCAGGUCCAAGAGCUGCAAAUAGGUGGGAGGAAUAAAUCAAAUUAUGCAGCUGUUGGCAGCCCUGUCCCAUGGAUGCCAGAGUUCCAGGGCCAGGCCAACUUGCACGUGUUUGAGGACUGGUGUGGCAGCUCCGUUGAGCAGCUCAGGAGAAACCUGCACUUCCCUCUCUUCCCUCACACAAGAACUAUGCUGAAGAAGUUGGCUGUGUCCCCAAAAUGGACCAACUAUGGUCUCCGGAUUUUUGGUUACCUGCAUCCUUUCACUGAUGGGGAGUUUCAGUUUGCCAUUGCUGCAGAUGACAACGCUGAGUUCUGGCUGAGUGCAGAUGAAAAGCCCUCUGGUGUGCAGCUGCUGGCCAGCGUAGGCAAGACAGGGAAAGAGUGGACUGCACCAGGAGAGUUUGGGAAAUUUCACAGCCAGAAGUCAAACAUGGUGAGGUUGUCAGCCCAGGGCAGGUACUACUUUGAGGUGCUGCACAAGCAGGAUGACAGAGGAACAGACCACGUGGAAGUAGCAUGGAGACUGAAUGAUCCAGAAGCAAAGUUCAAAGUCAUUGACUCCCAAUAUCUCUCCCUUUUUGCUAAUGAGACGCUUCUGAAGAUGGAUGAGGUUGGGCACAUCCCGCAGACGCUGGCCACUGGCAGGAGCUGGGCUGCUGGCAGCACUGGCAGCAGGGUACACCCAGCUGACAUGCUGAAGCCUGACCCCCGGGACACUCUUUAUGAAGUGCCUCUGCUCAGCAAGUCCCGCGUGCGCCGGGCCCUGCCCGACUGCCCCUACAAGCCCAGCUACCUGGUGAAUGGAUUUCCUCUGCAGCGCUACCAGGGCCUCCAGUUUGUUCAUCUAUCCUUUGUUUACCCGAAUGAUUACACCCGCCUGAGCCACAUGGAGAAAGAUAACAAAUGCUUCUACCAGGAAAACCCUUAUUAUUUGGAAAGAUUUGGGUUUUACAAGUAUAUGAAAAUGGAUCGGCCAGAGAAGAGCCUGGAUUCUGGAGAAAGGACAGAGCAGCCAGGCUCCCAGGAGGGGAACCUGGAUGAGCUGCAGUAUGAGGAGCAGGACGUGGAGAGCACCAGUGCCCCUGAGCAGGCUGGCAUAGGGAGGGCAGGGCCAGCAGGCAAUGUCCCCAUCAGUGUGCUGGGCAGUGACAACAUCCACCAGGACUAUUCCCUCCGGGAGCGCCGCCGGCUCCUCGCGGUCACGGGGGACGACGCAGGAGAGGAGAUAAGGAGGAGGAGGACAAAAAGGUCUGGUAUCAAAUCAGCCAUGUUGGCCUCUACCAACCAGAGCCUCAGCCUGCCUGGCCUAGAGGGAAACCCAGUAACGAAGAGGCCCCGUGUGAAAGCUGGUGUCAAAGACAAUUCCAGGAGCCCUCCGCAGCACGCCAGGGCCAUCCAGGGGAGAGUGCCUGUCAGAAGGACAAUCCCUCCUUCUGGGACUGUGUCUCAAAGGCAGCAGUCUCUUGGUCACCCCAGGGACUCAGGGGUCACAAUUCCCAGCAGGGUAGGACCUCGAGGAGGCCUCAGCACCGCAAAGGACAGGCUGCAGCCAGGAGGUACCAUGCCAGCUGGGAAAGGAAUCCCAGUCUCUGGCAGAGCUGGGAGACAGGCAGUGAGUGCUGCCAGCCCCAGCCAGCAGCCCGGGCUGCCACAGUGGCUGAGCCAGGUGCAGUCCUACAUUGCUGAGCAGAAGGUGGCCAGCGAUGGGGAUGUGGGUGAAGGAGAGGCACAGGUGGCAUCUCCUUUGAAAGACAAGUCUGGAGGAGCAGCAGAGGAGGAAGAGGUGGAUGGGGAGCCAGAGGAGGAAGAUGAGGAGGAUUUUGAUUACGUACCAGUGUUUGACCAGGCAGUGAACUGGGAGCAGACCUUCAGCAUGAACAACCUGGACUUCCAUAUGCUGCGCACAGACUGGAUUGACCUCAAGUGCAACACCUCAGGAAAUUUGCUGCUAAGAGAAAGGGAGGCCCUGGAAGUCACACGUGUCUUCCUGAGGAAGCUCAACCAGAGGAGUAAAGGGCGCUUCCAGCUGCAGCGCAUCGUGAACGUGGAGAAGCGGCAGGACCGCAUGCGGGGCAGCCGCUACCUGCUGGAGCUGGAGCUGCUGGAGCAGGGCCGGCGCCGCGUCCGCCUCUCCGAGUACGUCUUUGCCCGCGGCUGGCAGGGCAGCAGCAGCCACGAGGAGGACGAGAGGAGGAUGAGGAACCUGGUGUGGGGCCACCGGCGGCGCCUGAUGGCCACGGCGAGCGAGCCGGAGCUGUGCUGGCCCCAGGGGUUUUCCUGGAACCACCAGGCUGUCGUUCACUUCGUGGUGCCAGUGAAGAACCAGGCACGUUGGGUGCUGCAGUUCAUCUCUGACAUGGAAGAGCUGUUCCGAGUCACCAAGGAUCCCCACUUCAGCGUCAUCAUCACCGACUACAGCAGCGACGACAUGGAUGUGGAGAAGGCUCUGAAAAGGUCUACCUUGCACAGCUAUCGGUACCUGAAGCUGACAGGGAAUUUUGAGCGUUCUGCUGGGCUGCAGGCGGGGAUAGACCUCAUAACGGACCCACACAGCAUUGUCUUCCUGUGUGACCUCCACAUCCACUUCCCAGCUGGAGUCAUCGAUUCCAUCAGGAAGCACUGCGUGGAAGGCAAGAUGGCCUUUGCACCCAUGGUCAUGAGGCUGCACUGCGGGAUGUCCCCACAGUGGCCUGAUGGCUACUGGGAGGUGAAUGGGUUUGGUCUCCUGGGCAUUUACAAGUCUGACCUGGACAAAAUUGGAGGCAUGAACACAAAAGAGUUUCGGGACCGCUGGGGAGGAGAGGACUGGGAGCUCCUUGACAGGAUCUUGCAGGCUGGGCUGGAAGUGGAGCGUCUCUCCCUGAGGAACUUCUUCCACUGGUUUCACUCCAAACGGGGCAUGUGGAACCGGCGCCAGCUGAAGACGCCGGUGUAGCCUCCAACCCCAGAGCUGUUUGGCAGCUCUGUCCACCAUCUCAUCCAGAUGUGCACUUUACUGGGGCAUGCAGCCAAGUGCCCAAACUCUUCCUCUGCCUCCAGAGAGCUCUCUGAUGGCAUGGCACAGCUGGGGAAGGGUGGUCAGGCUGGUGGAGCAGGAGCUUCUCUUGUCAGCCGCCGCAUGCAAGGCACGGGAUCCACGUGUGGCUGGGAAGGCGUGUGGCAGAGGUGUUAAGGGAAACACUUGAAUUUCCUGCCAUGCAGUCUGCUGGAAGGUACAGUGGGAGAGGUGCUGUGCUUCCUGUUGAGUCUUGCACCAAGCAAACACAAAUCCCAGCUAAGCCUUGAAUGGUUUGUUUAGAGCGACGCAGCUUCUCUUUCAAAACUUGAAUGGAAAAGAAAAACAGAAAAGAAACCACAACCAUCCCCAUUUCCUCUCCUUUGCCUUCUCUCCAGUACCCAUUUAUUUUGGACAGGAGACCAAAGUUCUCUGAUUUGUAUUGCACCCACAUGCCCAUGUGCUGGUUUAAGGAAAUCUGGAUGCAGAGGAGCUGAUAAGCACUUUAGGCUGCUGGUGCUUAGAUGUUUCUCUGUGCUUUUCACUUUGGUCAUUUUGAAAAACUGUUCUUGUGUUCAGCAAAUUAUGGGCUGUGGAUGGAGUUGUGAAUACAUUUCCCUUAGAGGAGCCACGUUUGCCUGUAGCUGGGUGAGCUGGCAAGGGUGAUGUUACAAUUCCACCUAAAUUAUUGACCCACUGCCUGAGGGUAGUGGAGGGGCUGUACAGAGAAGCUAACAGAGCAUCUCAGGAGGAACUUUGCAGCCUUAUCUGACAGACAUGUGUUUGUCCUAACAAUAUCAGGGAAACCCUAGCAGGGAAGAAGUGGCAAUAUUUUAUUAGUUGAAGUAUUGUGAUUUGUCACAAGAGGAGACAGAGUCUUCUGCUCUCAGAAUCCUCUGAGAUUCCUGUACAUUUAUGCAGCAUCUAAAAGUUAAUUUAAUAAGUUAUGGCCUCACAGUUGUGUCUUGUCAUAGUUUGACUCUUAAGUAUAGAGCAGGCUUCUUGGUUGGAGAACCAACCCAGGUGUUGGUGCUCCAUCUCUGGAGCAGCCCUCCGAGCUCUGGCCUGGUACGGAGGAGGUGGCCUCAGGUCUUGGCACAUGCACUGGGUGUGACAAACAGUGAGGACAGAAGAGCAUUGAGUGAACAAAAGGAUGGGCAAACCCAUGCUGUCACUGAUGGAGGAACUGUGGAGAGAGCCCACAGCUGGCCUGGUGCUACAGGGAAGUCUCAUCCCCUAAAACUCCUGUAAAUGUAAGGCAAGAUUUUUUUUACCCUGUAACCAUUUUAGAAGGCUGUUUAAACCCAGAAAUCCCACCUCACUGAGUGCUUUACAGUGCAGCUUCGGUGUCCCCAUACCAUGCUGAGAAAGGCUCAAGUUUGAGGGGACAGUGUGACAUAGGAUGCGGCUCAUGGUGCCCAGUUCUGUGAGGAGCUGCUGGGAAGAAGUAAUGGAUGUAUGCAGAAUACAAGCAAAGCUGGCUGGUACUAGACCUUUUUGCUCUUUGCUGAUGGAGUAGAUGCCAGUUCAGAAUAGGCAUUCAUUUAUUACUGUGUCUGUGGUGCUUGACAAGUCCAUCAAGUUCCGCUAUUGCAGCAGAAAACUGAACAUACAAGUUCUGGCAUAUGAGAUAGGAAUCAUGUCAGAUCAUCUGUUUGCAUCAGUCUGGGUUUUGUGAGUGAUGGAUUUAGAAAAAGGCAACCAGAUACCAGAAAGUUCUGCUGUGCAGUGUGCAGCUGGAGAUGGCUGUGUCUCUGAAUCCAUGGAGCCUUUGCCAGAAUGGAGACACUGAAUAUCCCAGAAGAGGCAGCCCAAGACAGAGUCGUUUUCCUGUUUAAGGGAAGUACUUUACCCACACAGAUACUAAGAAAUUAAAUCAUGGCAGUUGGUGUGAGAGGGAAGAGGCUGACAACAGUCAACACUUUUUUUGAAUUUUUUCUUUUUUUUUUGGAAGUAUUAUAGGAGUUUGGGAGACCAGAGCCCUGUGAUGCAAUGUUGCAAUAAGCUCUGUUUUUCCCUGGAAUGUGCAGUGUCAGUCAUGCUCUCGGUGCAAGUCAGAGCCUGUGCUUCCCUCAGACACAGGCACAGCUCCUCGAGUGUGUAGGUGAGCUGCUUUCCAGGCUCCAGGACUGUGCCUGCACAGCCUGUCCAGGCUGGCUGUGUCACGCAAUGCCUCUGGAAUGGGGAGAGGCUCUGGGGAGGGCAAGUGCCUGGACAUGGCCAGGCUUUGGCAGCAGCAGCUGGGAACACUGUGGUGCCUGCUCUGCACAUGGAGAGCUGCUGGAUUUGGGGGCAGCCUGGAAGUCAAGCAUGGGGAGCAGGAGUUAUUUGUACCAUGCGCUUUCAUACCUGGCUGUGGAUGUGCUAUGCAGCACCUAAAGUCAGCAGCUGGCUUCCAUCUGGCAAGAAUUAGGUGCCUCCAGAAGGUAACUCACUUGGCAGAAAUGCCAUGAGUCUUCCCCACCACAGAGGACAGCAAGCAAAGAGUGGACUGGACAGUAGGGUGCUCCCCUCAGUGCAGCACUGCCAGCAGAAUUUGAGGAUUUUGCCCCCAUUUUUCAGCUGUGACUGUACUCCUUCCCUCACACAUUGUAAGCCAGGCCAGUGGUAAGCAGAACUACCUCGUGGAGACUCCUUGAUGGAGGUGUAAGGAGUUCCUGGUUUUCAGUCCACUUUCCUAAUAGCCAGUUUGCCCACUGUCAAAGCUGCCAUCCCAAGUGUUCUUCCCUUCCAGUGGGAAUACUCAGUUGGUAUCCAAGCAAGUAGUAAAGGUGAUUAAUACAAAUUGGCACUGGCUGGCAGCCUCCAUGGAGGAGCUUGGAGAGCCCAUGGGAAUAAAAGCUGUCUUCCAGCCCACGUGCUCAGAGACCUCACUGGGAGGUGAGACCAAACCUUGCAGGAGCAGCUCUGGGCUGCUCUCUGAGGCUACUGCCCCUCUUCCAGAGCAAGCUGCAGUUUUUCUCCCCAGACAGAGUCACAAAGAGGGGGAGAGCAGGAAGCACAGCAGGAGCAGAUCCCUCAGCUAUGCAGUGAAAGGACAUGCCCAGGAAGCUGACUCCCCUCAACAGUUGGUCACAUUUCUGUCACCAGGAUCUUUUUAGGAAGCUGUGCUGGAGUUUCUGGCCUUCAUGUGCAUCCUGGCUGUGUCCUGCCUGGACAGCUGGAGGAAGUCAGUUGCAGAGGAUUUUCCUUGCAACAGGCCAGGAGCGAGCUGCUCCGGAAGCUCUGUGGCUGGGGAGAUGAUGGACAAUGCUGCAGAGACCUUCUCCAGGGCAGGAUGUGACCAGGCUGGGGAGUCUGAGCCACCAAAUGUGAGGUGGCCCUGCCUACAAAUGUGGCUGUGUACUCAGGACUGGAGUGUGGUGAUCAGGCUUGCUUUGCAGGUCACCAAGGGAAUGAAGAAGGGCUGGGUUUUAAUCUGAGCAAAGUGUAUUGUGUGAAAAUUAUUUGUUUCAUCAUUGUCUUAAUGUUUGCCCAGCAUGAACAUCUCUCCUCAUUGCCUACAAAUGUCUGAAGCUGAUUGUUUUUUAGAUACAGAUGCCUUGUGUUGAAAAUCUGACUUGUACCUGCCUUAAAGUGGCUCUGUGCCUUCAAGAUGACUCCUGGGCCACCUCUUUGUUGGAGCUGGGGGAUAUUCAGAUUCUCCCUUGUGUUUUAUAAAUACAUUGUCUUCCUACAGGA